AUGCAUUCAGUGUUCACCGCGGACGACUCCUCCGACACGUUUUGGGCUCUGUCGUCGCCGGCGGAGAUGAACCGGAGCACGUCGGAGUGGGCCUUCGAGCAGUUCCUCGACGAGUUCACGACCCCGGCCGCCACUCCUCGCCAAUCGGUCGCCGAACAAUUUCCCGUUUCGUCCGCCGCUUCCUGCUCCGUCGCGUCUCAGUCGUCGACGUCGAAGCGCGACGAUGUGGACGAAGAGGUAGUUGAGAUCAAGAAGCCCGAUCGUCAUCGCCAUCGUCAACUGCAACCUCCUCAGCAGCUCAAUCAUCCUCCGCCGGCGGCGUUGGAUCCAGCUCCUACGGCUCCGAUUAACUCGGACCAGUACCGCGAAUUUCUUAAGAUAUAG